AGAAUCGGCUAUAUAGCCAACAGUAGGGGCCGUUAGGAGAGGCCAUUUUGUGUGUACCCGGCGACAGAGUCUCCUGCGUUAAAUCGGACGGCCAGAAGGGGGGCGCUUUAGCGGCUGUUCACUUUAUCUGCUCCCUGUUAACUCUUUAGCCGCCCAAGCAGAGACAAAGGCGGCGGCUGGAGGAGGAGGUGGGAUGGAGGACGGCGAGAAAGUUGUGUAUUCCCGCUCGCAGCUGGUGUUCGCGGGGAUAAAGCCGCUGGAGGACGCGCUGGAAAUCUUCGUCCCGGAGUCGAAGCACUUCAUGAACUCGGACACGGAGCUGUGGAACUUCCUAUGUAGCCUGAAGCGGGACUUCUCGCCGGUUAUCCUCCGUAGUAAAGACGUGUACGGCUACUCGUCGUGCCGCUCUGUGGUACCGGACCCCAGCCAGCUCUCCCGUAGGAGAGCCCGGGAGCCUGCUCCCGCUCCCCCUCAGCCUAAGAAGCCACCGCCGCCGGUGAAGAGGAAGCGGAGAGGAAUGAGGCUGAGCUGCAGGAAGCGCCGGAGGGUGAAGCCGGCCGCCAGUGAGGAGAGCGGAGCCAGCAGUAGCUGCAGCAGCCCGACCCCAUCCGAGGCGUCCGGCUCCAUAGGUACCCCCCCUCUAGAGGACAUGUGGAGGAUCGGAGGCGCCUUCCCCACCAUCCGGGUCCGGGACGUGUCCUGUGAGGCCACAGUGGCGGCUGCCCGCCGAAGGGCUCAGAGGAUCCUACAGGUCAAUCUACAACCCGUAGUUCGGAUCCGCCGCUUCCCCGUCCUCUCCUCCUCCUCCUGAGGACCGAUCAGCUGUGCACUUUCCGGGGGGCGGCCAGCCUGUUUACACGUCUGCACUUUACUGUACACAUCUACUGCUAGGAGAAGCCGGAGGAGGCGGACAUGGGACUUCUACUUCUUCUCUGCUGGACUAGCUGCAAUAUGGGAGCUGCUGCAUGUGGGGGGUGGGGAGACAGCUUCUUGGCCAUGGGUGGGUGAGGUGUGAUUGAGGUAUAGGAGCCUCCAGGAGGGUUCCUUCACCCUGGGAGGGGGUUAUGGAGGGUUCCUUCACCCUGGGACGGGGUUAUGGAGGGUUCCUUCACCCUGGGAGGGGGUUAUGGAGGGUUCCUUCACCCUGGGAGGGGGUUAUGGAGGGUUCCUUCACCCUGGGAGGGGGUUAUGGAGGGUUCCUUCACCCUGGGAGGGGGUUAUGGAGGGUUCCUUCACCCUGGGAGGGGGUUAUGGAGGGUUCCUUCACCCUGGGACGGGGUUAUGGAGGGUUCCUUCACCCUGGGAGGGGGUUAUGGAGGGUUCCUUCACCCUGGGAGGGGGUUAUGGGAGCUUCCAGGAGGGUUCCUUCACCCAGGGAGGGGGUUAUGGGAGCUUCCAGGAGGACAUCAAUAGGAGGGUCCUUCACCCAGGUUGGGAGAUAUAGGAGCUUCCAGGAGGACCAAGUCUAAGGGGUCAGUUCCUUCACCCAGGCUGGGGUUUUUGGAAAAUUCCAGGAGGAUUAUAUCUGAGGUUAGUUUCUUCACCUGGCGAGGUAUGGGAAAUUCCAGAAGAACAUCUUCUGUGGAGUCAAUUUCUUCACCCAGUGUGGGGGGUAUGGGAGCUUCUAGGAGGAUCACAUCUAGGAUUGGUUUCCAGCUGGACAUCUGUUUGAUAAGUUCCUUUACCCAGGGUGGGGGGUAUGGGGGCUUUCAGAAGGACUACAUCUAUAGGGUCAGUUCCUAUACCCAGGGUGGGGGAUAUGGUAGCUUCAAAGGGGCCCCUAUGGAGUCAGUUCCCUCUCCCCAAGUCGGGGUAUGGGAGCUUUCAGGAUGACUACAUCUAGGGUCAGUUCCUUCGCCCAGGGUAGAGUAUGUAAAUUCUAAGAGGUUUACAUCUCUGGGGUCAGUUCCCUUUCCCAGAGUGGGAGUUGAGGACUACAUGUAUGGGAUCAGUUUCUUUCAACCAGGGUGAGGGUAUUGCAGCCUCCUGGGGACUACAUGCAUGGGGUUGUCAGCUCCUUCCUUGGGGGGAGGACGACUACAUGUAUGGGAUCAACUCCUUCCGGGGCCAUAGUGCAAAGUGUGUCUUGGAAGGAGAACUUCCAAGAGAACUUGCAUGCAUGGGGUCGGCUCUUUCCCCCAAGGCUGUGGGGGAAUAGGUUGGGUUUAAAGGGAUUGAGGCACACAAGGCUAGGGAGGGUUUAAUCAACUUCCAGGAGGACCUUGUAUGGAAUCGGUUCUCUCAGCCAGGGGUAUGGCAGCCUUCAUCGGGACUACAUGUAUAGAUCAGCUCCUUCACCCAAGGCCAGGGGGUUUAAGUGACAGGUAUGGGAGCUUCCAAGAGAAUUUACAUGAAUGGGAUCAGUUCCUUUACCAAAGGCCAGGAGUUGGGGAGAUUGAAGUGUGACUGAGGCAUGGGAGCUUCUGUGAAGACCAUGUAUGGGAUCUACUCUCCCCUGCCCCCAAGGCCAUUGGGGCAUUGCAGCUUCCAUGAGCGCUACAUGCAAGGCUUGCAACGGGUUUACAUGUAUGCAAAUAAGAGAAUUCUCUAAAAAAAAUAAAAAACUGACAUGUGUCAUCACCAGCAACUACCUCAAACAAUCCGGAGCUCCACUCUAACCCCUAUCCAAAGACUUCUUUGUAUUGGUGAUCACUUCAUUUUUCUACUUCACAUUUAUAUUCGAUGGUGCCGUUUGCCAAGUCUAUUGAAAGUGUCUUGAUGGUUAAAGAACUGUGACUGGCUAGAUGCCAGUUUAUGCAAACUAUUUUUUAAUUGUGUCAAGGGAAUUGAAAGUUGUUAAAGCAGACCUUGCCUGAAAAUGCAUAUCUGCCUAUUUUGCUGCCCCAUCCACUGUUAUGUAAAAUUGCAAUGAAAGUUUUUUUUUUUUUUUUAACAAAAUGUAGAAAAAUGCCCCACACUCUGGCCUCCAGCAUGCUUGUAUAGACACGGGUGACCUCCCUGGGCCGUCACGUGGGCGGUUGGGGAAAGCGGAGGAACCCAGUUCCUGUAAGAAUGUUCCAUCAUAGUUGCGGAGGGCCUACUUUGCGAUUUGUGAUCCUCUUCUUUCCCAAGAUUAAGCGGUGUAGUCUAGCAACAUCACCGAUGCCUUAAAAAAAAAAAACGGCUCCAUAUUUUUCAUUCCAUAUAGCAUUUAUUUUUUCUCUUUAAAUUGCUUUCAGUUGGCAUAUUUAAAAUGUGAUUGUGAAAUUCACUGCAGGUGAAUAGAUUGAUAACUUGAAACGCGCACCAGGAUGAAUCGCCUGCAGUGAAUGUCACAUCGACUGUCUUCUAAAAAUGUCCCAAAGUGUUUUUUAUGUUGGAUGGCUGCAAGAUAAAGGGUUGCAUUUUUAUGCAAAGAUCAAUUUUACUUUAAUUUUGUUACAUGUGAUUGGUUGUAUAUACCAAGCCUAAUGAACAAAUUAGCGCUAGGUUUUUUUUUUAUUUUUUAUAUAUAUCUAAUAAAGUCUGAAUUUCAGAUAUAAGAAUAAAAAUGUUUUCCAUUGAACAUGGCAUGGGACAGCAGAUUUUUCUGGGAGGUGUAGAUAAUGCCAUUGGGUCAAUAUAUUGUUACAUUUUGUACAAAUCUUCCUAGGAAGGAUAUUUAUUACUAGUCUUUUUCUGGUUUAAAUGUGACUGGCGCUCAUGUUGGAACAGGUACUGCUGAAGGAUGUUGUGACAUAGUGUGCCACCUAUGACUGAUGCAUGUGCCUUUUAACAAACCCAUGUGUCGGCUUUUAACUGGCACAAUGUGACUGUUGCGUAGACAUACUGGUGCUAUUUAAUGCGUUCACUGCCUGGAAAUCCAUUCUAGAACUCGUUUUGAAGUAUACACGUUUAUCCUAAAUAAUUUUUAUUGAAAAUGGUGCUGUGUAGAGAUGUUCUCUAUCAUCUUCAGCACUUUGCUGCAAUGACUUCUAUUUACCAGGAGUAUGAGAUUGGUUACAGUUCAUCUUAUGGUAAUUUAGUGGAUCUGACUUCUGGUAUCACUGCCAUAUAUGUAACUGCUUAUGGUCCCCCCCCCAUCCAUUGUAAUAUGUUGAACCAUGCCAAUUAAUCUUGUUUUUGUUCAUUUAUUUUUUUUCUUCUUCAAAGUAACUUAUUGAGUUAAUAAACAUUCUUUCAAAUAU